AUGUCUGGCAAGGUCAUUGACGCUAUCGACCAAGUCCGUGGCUUGAUCGAGGUGCUCGAGAAUACUCAGCCCAGACCAGCAUUCAUCCUUAUCGACAUUGAAGGGGUGAACCUCUCUCGGAAUGGGUUGAUCGCUAUCAUUCAAGUCCUAAUUCCUCCUAAAAAAAAAUGGUAUUCCUGGUGGACGUCCAUGUACUAA